CGACUCUGAAGAUGCGAUGAAAAGCAAGAAAAUCGAGAUUGAGCACUACUUUUCGCACCGUUGGAACCUGCGGAACACCACGCAGGGCGACAACAUGCGCGUCCGUGUCUCUUGGUUGGAGUUUUUCGGCAUGCCGCUCACAAAGUCCCAGGGCAACAAGCAUUCCGAAGACAGCGGCCCGAAGCUCGAAAAAUUUUUUGGCAGUGAAAAAAACACGGAUUUUGGCCGAAAGGACGUGUUGUACGAGAGAACGGAGCAGUGGCGGCUAUCAGAGGUGAUUUCGGAGCUCGUCGCGUUUCUGGACCAUGACGAUUUUUUUCAAAGCGCGGACAUCAUGAUCGGGUGCGAACCCUUCUGGCUCUGUCCGGUGCUCAAUGCCGUGCGCAAGGUGAUGGUGAGCACCAGAGCAAACGACCAAAGCACUACUACCCUCCGUCAUGAUCUUCAUCCCCCGCAACUGAUCGCGAAGCUGAAUAUGUGUCCGAUGUUUCUGUACCAUGGGCACGUGAAGGACGACGAUCACGUGUCCAUCUUUUCUCUCUACAGGGACCUCCUGCAAGACGGCACGCCGCUGUCCUCCGCCUGUCGGAUUAGCGCCGAGAUGUGGGGUUUGCAGUUCCGCAAGGAAAUCCCCUACGUGCCGUUUCUCGGGCUGCACACGCAGCCCGCGGUGUAUCAGAGACAGGAGAAAGACAUUCUGGUCUUCCGCACGUUCUUGCCGAUGAUACACACGUUUCUCAGGGUGUUGAACUUGUUCGAGGAACACUUCGAUUCUACCCAUGAUGUAGAAGAACGAGCGGAACAAGAUGCGCAAGAAAACCAAAAGAGCCUGCAAGAACUGCAAGAGGGUCGAACUGCAGCUGAUUUUGAAAACGCCGAAAGGUCGUCGCUUCUCCCGAAAUCUGAAGCCACGUACGCGGAAUUUCUGAUGUUGGAAAGCACGAGGAAACCGGGCGGCGGAAGUUCAGCAAACGAAGAAGAGAUGGACGAGAUGAGCACAGAUCAUGAUGACAGUGACACUCACUGCCCAGAAGUACCGCAAGAUGAGCUCCCAGGAAGGCGUCAGAAACAGCGUAACUCGCUUGGGCCAACCAGGAUUGUUGACACGGAUAUCGCUCUACCACGACCACGCCGCAAAUUUGUCACCAUGGACUCCGGGCGAAAUCUCGCUUACCAGGAAAUUGCCAAUUUCGCCGCCGUGGUGUUGCUGCCGCACGUCCCGAAUGCGCUGCGACUUAGUGACAUGCAAGCCAUGCACGUUCCCAUCUUUGUCCCGGCAGACCCGUACAUCCACAAGAUUGUGUGGCCGUUCGCGGGCCCGUACUGCGGCCGAACCAGUCCCGAGGAAAUUAUCCGCAGAAUUGCACAGGGUGGGGAGCGCUACCAGCUGCUUGUGAAGAACGAGGUAUUAAGUGAUAAGGGAAAUAAAAAGCCUACGGGGAUGAAACAAGAAGGGCCAACACGACCCCUGUCGAAAGAUGCAAGGGAAAGCACGGACGACACAGUACGAGGAGCGCCAUCUUCGUCAAGAGCCUCUUCUUCUUCUUCCAUCAGACCCGACAAGCUUUUCGACUCCGACAACUUCCUGCCGCACCACCCGUACUCGCCCUUUGAUUUUCAGUCCACUGCGGAGCUCCUCUUUGAGCGGUUUCACCACGACCGGAGGUAUUGGCUGCAGUUCACUGAGUGGGCGGAGCGGGGAGACUUGCUGCUGAAAUUUUCGUCGGUGAGGCAUCUGUUUUUUUUAGGUUCCAGCGUUUCGGAUAGGACGUUGGAUAGGUACAGCUAUAAGCUGCGGAGAGAUAUCAACCGCAAAAGUGUCUGUGUCUCGAAGGUUGCAACUUGUGAUGCUGUCGUUGGAGGCUAAAAAAAUCUGUAUUGCAUGACCAGCACGGGGAGUCCAGUUUUUGCUACGCGGGGAGGGUAUAUCUCAUGCGGAAUAUGCAUCGCAAAGCCCUCUGAAAUUCAAAAUCUGUGAUUCUAGGUCAUGCAUUACAGGCGUCAUUGGUCAUGCAAAAUGUGCAUGACAAUCCUAGCAUCUACUAUGCAGACCCAGACAUAUUUGCAAUUCAUAAGAGACCAGGAAAGGCGGAAAGCCGAUGCUAUGAACUGGUGGAACUACGCCUUGAGAUUGGUACUUGAGUGAUGUUAUGUAACGAAGAAAGUGCGCCUCUUUGAUGUUCAAAGUACUUGCGACCUUAUCAUGGAGGCAAGCCGCCCUCCGAAAAGUAAGUACAUUAUUGUUCCACACCAAACUACAACGCAAAGAGGCCUAAGCCUUUCGACGCUUGUGAUUACAUACCGAACAGCAACAGAUCCAUCCGCUGACUGCUGUUACAUGAU